AUGGCUGAAUCUCACAGAUUGUACGUUAAGGGUAAGCACUUGUCCUACCAGCGUUCUAAGAGCGUUACCAACCCAAACGUUUCUUUGAUUCAGAUUGAGGGUGUCCAGAACCCAACUGACGCUAAGUUCUACUUGGGUAAGAGAAUCGCUUACGUGUACAGAGCUUCCAAGGAGGUCAGAGGUACCAAGAUCAGAGUUAUCUGGGGUAAGGUUACCAGAACCCACGGUUCCAACGGUGUUGUGAGAGCCAACUUCAAGAAGAACUUGCCACCAAAGACCUUCGGUGCUUCUGUUAGAGUCAUGUUGUACCCAUCCAACAUUUAA